UACUAGGGUUUUGUAUGCAGAAGAUAGCCUCAACUUGAAGCGAAGCCGUCUCUUCCCAGAGCAAAACAACCAAAACGUCUCUCGCUUAAUCGGCUCUACAGAACCCUAGGACUCUGAAUACUCCGGCGGCGGUGACGCCCUACGCGGCGGAUACUCUUGCCGGAACUCAAUUCAAAUUCCAACGAUCGAUUAAUUAUCAAUACAAGAUGCAAAUUUAUUACAACAGCUCCGUUGAGUACAAGCCUUCUCCUGUCGUUGCGCUAGCUACGAGUCCCGAUGAUUCUCGAGUCGCCGCCGCUCGUGAAGACGGCUCGCUCGAGAUUUGGCUCGUCUCUCCCGGCGCCAUUGGCUGGCACUGCCAACUGACGAUUCAUGGAGAUCCUAAUUCGAGAGUUACGUCGCUGGUUUGGUGUCGUUCAAGUGGAUUCGACUCGUUUGGACGGUUGUUUUCUUGUAGUGUUGAUGGAUCGGUUUCCGAGUGGGACCUUUUUGAGUUGAUACAGAAGACUGUGGUAUCUAUUGGUGUGACAAUUUGGCAAAUGGCGUCGGCUCCAUGCAAAAACUCACGGAGUCAUGAAAUGAGGCAUUCCCAGUAUAUUAAAGCAAUUAAUGAUAGUAGUGAUGAUGAUUGUAGUGACAGUGAAAAUGAUGAUGAUUCAGUUGUUACAACUGAUGGAUCUGUUAUUGAAGAUACUAGUGUAGCAAUGGCGUGUGACGAUGGUUGUGUGCGAAUUUACACUGUUUCUGAUGAGUUAGUCUACAACAGAUCGUUGCCAAGAGUCAGUGGACGCACUUUGAGCGUGACAUGGAGUCCAGAUGCAAAUAAAAUUUAUUCAGGAAGUAGUGAUGGGUUUAUAAGAUGCUGGGAUCCUAAAACUGCUCGUGAGAUAUACAGGAUAACAGUUGGACUUGGAGGAUUGGGUAAUGGACCUGAAAUCUGCAUAUGGUCAUUGCUUGCUCUAAGGAAUGGCUCCCUUGUCAGUGCUGAUAGUAGUGGUAGCGUUCAGUUCUGGGACAGCCAGAUGGGAACCCUUUUGCAGGCUCAUUCACGUCACAAGGGUGAUGUCAAUGCACUAUCUACAGUACCAAGCCAUAAUAACGUCUUUUCUGCUGGCUCAGAUGGUCAGGUGAUACUCUAUAAGCUCUCAAAAGAUGCAUCUGGAUCAACCAAAGAAAAGUCUUCUGUAAGAACGGUGAACAAGUGGGUUUAUGUUGGUUAUUCGAGAGCUCAUACACAUGAUGUGAGGGCCUUGACUGUUGCAGUACCCAUAAGUAGAGAAGAUACAUUCCCUGAUGAAAAGGUAAAGAGGGCCCGUGUUUCGAAGAGUUACCAUACGGGUGUUCCCAUGCUUAUUUCAGCUGGUGAUGACACUAAGCUUUUUGCAUAUGCUGCAACCGAGUUUACCCAAUUCUAUCCUCAUGACAUAUGUCCAGUACCACAGAAACCGCCAAUGCAACUGGUGCUGAAUACGGUUUUUAAUCAAAGUAGUUUGCUUCUGAUUCAGGCCUCCAAGUGGUUAAAUGUUUUUUGCGUCCGAGCUAAAUCUAGUGGUCAUCCUGAUGUAAGUUCUGGACCUUCUGUUGGCACUGCAACCACGGAUUUAGUUGUCAGAGUCAAGAGUAAGUCUUCCCAGAAGAUUAUAUGUAGCUCCAUGUCUAAUUCAGGAGUGUACUUUUCAUACUCCGACCAAAUUAAACCAAGCCUUUUAAAGCUAAAUAACACCGAAGCUCGAAAAAGUGCAUGGACUAUCGAAAAAAGGAAACUUCCGAGUUUGCCGUUUGCGCAUUCCAUGUGUUUCACUUCUGAUUCUUCUCGGCUGAUGAUAGCAGGGAACGAUAGAAAGAUAUAUGUUGUGGAUGUGGAGAGCCUAAAACUGAUUUGCAUGUAUACACCUCGUUCCAAGGACAUCGAUGAUGAAAUUCUUAGUGAGCCUCCUAUAACAAAGAUGUUCACUAGUCCUAAUGGACAGUGGUUGGCAGCUGUCAACUGUUUUGGAGAUGUAUACAUCUUUAAUCUGGAGAUUCAAAGACAACAGUGGUUCAUAUCCAGAUUAGACGGCGCUUUUGUUACAGCUGGUGGCUUUACUCCUCGAAACAGUAACAUUUUUGUAAUCUCCACCUCUUCAAAUCAGCUAUAUGCAUUUGAUGUAGAUGCCAAACAGUUGGGGGACUGGUCUAUUCGUCACACUCUUCCAAGGUUUUACCAAGAAUUUCCUGGAGAAGUUACAGGACUUGCAUUUCCACCGUCCCCUAAUGCUUCUUCAUUAAUUGUCUACAGUUCGAGGGCGAUGUGUUUGAUAGACUGUGGAACAAAGGUCUCUCAAGUUGAUGAUAAUGAUCUGUCAAAAGAUCUUGAUGCUACAUUGAGAAAAUUACAAACUUCACCUUUGGAUAAAAAAUUGAAGAGAAAGUUGAGGGCAAGUCGUGAACCAGAAACUAAACAUAAUGUUCGUGAUUUUAAAGAAAAUGUAUUGUUUGUUGGAUAUCUUUCAAAAGGUUCUCUCCUUGUCAUGGAAAAACCAUGGAGUCAAGUGGUUAGAACUCUUGAUGCCCCGCCUGUGCACAGACAUAUUUAUGGCACAUAACUCCAUGUUUUAAUGGAGAAUUUUUGAUAGCGUAGGCAGGGAGAGUUCCGUUGUAGAAGUCAAUAUGCUGUUCUGAGGCUAUUAGAAUUAUGUUGUGCUAUGUAAUACAUGAUUUUGUUUAUUUGCGAAAGUAGAAUACUUUUGAAAUAUUUUCACUUUACUUUAAUGAUACCUCAUUAUUGCAUUCA